AGAGUUUGAGAGCUUCCUGUCAGAGAUGACUCAGUGGUUUUCGGACCAUCAGCUGCAGGUGGAAGAGCUGUUCAGCCACAGUGACGCAGACAGAAGUGGAUCAGUCAACCUGCAGGAUUUCUACCUGGGUCUGAUUAAUUUGGACGUCCCUUGCCAGCAGUUUCAGCUCCACAUGCUGACUCAGCAGCUGAAGACCGCCAACAACACGAUCAGUUAUCGAGACUUGAGCGGACAAGUUCAGAGACUGAGACUGAGUGACAGCACAGGGCUCGAAACUCAAAUAUCAAGAGAUCUUCAUCUGCGGGUAAACCCUGAAAAGGACAAGAGGUUCAUCCGUCUGAGCGUCAGACUGAUCCCCUUCGACUCUGCUGCGAUUCAUCCAGGAAACUUUGAGGUGGUUCUGUUGAGCAGCAACAGAGUCUUCAGUCUGAUCAGGGUCAUUCAGAACCAGGUCGGGAUCCAGACCUCCAGGCUGGAGGUUUUCCGGAGCGGAGUGCCCACAGAGGAGACCCGCCUGUCCCCAGAGAGCCUCCUGGAGGACUGCGGCUUCAGAGGAGGGCCAGAGGGAAGUCCUCCAGAGGACAUGGUGUACUACGACUACAGACUGCUGUUUACAGACUGUCCCAUCCUCAACUGUGACCACUACUUCAGCUCAACGCCAGACGCUGCCGCCAUGAGAAGAGGACACUGAAUUACUAUACAUAAAAUAAAUAUUAUGUAACAGUCUGACAGUGUUUUUAGCCUUGCAUGUAAGAACAACGGCUCUGGAGAGGCUAACGUUGGUCACUCCACCACUUCCGUACAGAUUGAAAUAUCUCAACAAUUGUUUGAAGAACUACCUCAAAAUUUUGUACAGACAUUCAUUGUCCCCAGAGGGGAAAUCCUACCAACGUUGGUGAUGCUCUGACCGUUCCUCUCGCGGCUCCAUGGGGUUAACACUCUUGGUUUUGAACCUGAUGUCUCCACAACUAUUGCCUGUCCCCAGAGGAUGAAUCUUACUAAACCUACCAUUCCUUAACCACAGUGUUGUCACACUAUAAAAUAUAUUGUUUAAAUAAGCACAUUGGCAGUCACUGGGCACGUGUGUGUAUUUUCAGACUUGAUUUAGUUUUGAUGAUUUAAGC